CUUGGGGUAUAGGAUUCAAUGCAGCCAAACAGACCCUUAGGCCACGCUAAGCUAUUUGGCUACAAUCACAACCGACGGACAGAGGCUUGGCGUCUGAUCCCAGUUCCUGUGGCGCAUAUACUCGGACCGGGCCCCACUUUCCGUUAGGUGCUGGUGGCAAGGAAGCAAGUACCCUUUGCAUUCAGUACAGGGAUGCUAGGGAAAUCAUUGGUCUCUCCUCUUUUGACCUUUGGUUCUGCAACACCCUUCUGCUUUUCCGCUGCUGAUCUUGCCACUGCUAAGCCAAAUAUUGUGCUGUUGAACGUGAACUUCUCUAAUGGUCUUUCACAAGAUGUGCUCAGAGGAUCUAGGUCCACCAAUUUCUCUCCUAAGAAAUGGGUAAUACGUUCAACUGCACAAAUUGAAAAUUUAAGUUUGAGUGAUGAAGAUAGGAAGACGUGGGAAGCAUGCAGGGAAUCUCUAUCUGCAUUCGAUUUCAGUGUUGAGGAGGAAGACAAGAUACUUGGAAAAGCAUUUGGCCAGUUUCAUUCACCUUACUGGGGUGAAGAACGUAAAGGAGAAGUACCAAAAUUUGAAGUUGUCAAUGAAAUAUUGGAUUAUCUUAGGGGUUUAAGCCUUUCCAAUGAUGAUAUCUGCAAGUUGCUGAAAAAAUUUCCUGAAGUUCUUGGAUGUAGUCUUGAACAUGAGUUAAAAACCAAUGUGCAGAUCUUGGGAGAGGAAUGGGGAAUAAAAGGGAAAACUCUUCGUAACCUUCUUCUUCGAAACCCAAAAGUGUUGGGUUAUAAUGUUGAUUGUAAGGGAGAUUGUAUGGCACAAUGCACUCGAUGUUGGGUUCGGUUUUAGCCGUAUGUCUACUAUUUUAUAUGCUUUUCUCUGUGUACAAAAGGGAGCAUCUUACUAUACCCAAACUAGUUGACUGAUCUGUAAGUCCAAAUUUAUUCAAUGUUCAUUUGGUCUAAAGAUUUUUUUUUUUUCAA